CGAGAGAGGAUGGGAAAAGCGCCUGUCGUAGAAACGUAAGAUUCUGAUUGAAUUAAAUGUUCCUAUCAUGGAGCACUGUGUCCGCGACGUCAGGUGACGUGUGAGAUCGACUGGACAACUUUCUGCAGGAGCCUGCUGGUACAGGUAAUGUGCGAGCUCGACGAUUAUAAGCAAGCAAGGAAUCUUACUUGGCAGGCACAUCUCGCGAGGCCCCGAACAUUUUGUACACUAGAAUGUUCUCUUCUUCAGGCAUAUGUGGUCUCGAGGAUUCUGAAUAAGGGUUGUGCAAAGCUUGUAUCCUUUAUAAGCCGGUGGAUGCGGUGGAGUGGCUCAUUGUCUGAAGCGUGAACAACUUAUGUGUCUUACCUCAAAAGAACGAGGCUACGAAUCUGUGUGUCGAUGCUAGGUCCUUGUUCUCUUAAGAUAAUAUAUUAUUGCGACCUGAUCCUCGGGAUAAAGUAUUUAGAUGGGCUCCAUAGAUGUGCAUUAGCUUGUGAACAUUUGUAAGGAUAACACGUACGCGCGCUGUUGAACUUGAGAAGUACGGAUUUCUAUUAAAAAACAUUGGGUGGUUGUAGUUCACAGAACGAUGUCCUCGAAAAAUCCUCGCUAUAUGUAGAUGACAAGCCCUGCUCGGGAAUAUUUCUGGAGCACCAUCCGACUUUUGAAAAUGGAUGCCCUGCAUUGGGAAGAAAUUCCGUGCGAAAACACCUCAAGCUUGAGCAUUAUCGAGUGUGCUCCAUGUACAUUCGAGAUAAACUUGCAGGGCCGAGAUAAUGGUCUUGGUACGAUUGAGUCUCAAACGGUAUGAUCUGAAGCACCAUAGGCUUACACUAGACCGUUGCUGAGGGUACGUCUUCGUCUUUGAGAAUUGCAUUUACUUUCAUCUACUUUAUGUGCGAGAAUAUGCACAUCAGCCGUAAGUCAAACGAGCUUCGGCCCAGAGAACUAUUCCGAUAAAAAGACGAAAAGUGACAGAAAAACUUUGAAAGUAUUGGUAAGCGUUUUCCAUUUGAUUAGAAAAUCAUAAGAAUCUGUACACACGCGACGCAAUGCGCAGCUUUUGCUACAACCUUUGGAAAGAUAUAAAAAUUAAGAUCGCUACUUUUUCACGAUCGUGAAAAAGUCCAAAAAGCGUUGCCGGAGAAAUUGCUACGAAAUCAACCGAGGGUGAUCGCUGGAACACCAAGAACGGGUCAUCUGACUCUCAUUUUUUUCCUUUUUUGUGAGAGCGUUGAAUCAAAGCCCAUAGAUUCAUUCAAAACCUGAGUAGAUUUUAUAGCAGAAUCUGGCGGCCAUAGUAGCAUCUGAUACACAGGGGAGUACGGACUAUUAGCUCUAGAACGUGAGCAUCUUAACUGCAAGAUAAGUUUAUGACAGAGGAGUUAAGGAACCAGCAUAUGAGAAGUGUUCUAGACAAGUGAACCAAGUGGGAGGGGGUCCAGCACAAGGGUACAUUGGUGCAAGCAAAAUUUCUGAAUAAAAGUCCUCACCCUCACGCUCAUGAUUAAUUGCGUUAACUCUAAUAUUUGUUCUGAGAGGCAACGACAUAGAAUUUAUCUAGCACAUCCAAUUCAGAUAUGGUUUGUGGGCUACGUACUCAUAACACAACAAGGAAACUGCGGGCACAUAGAUUUUCACACUUGUUAUUCAAGGCUGAUUCUUUUGUUCUGAAGCCUAAGGGAUCAAGCUUUCAAUCAGCCGAAACCUGCUGAAGAAUCACGAGGAGGAAUGUGCAGAAAGCUUCGAGCUUGAGAACUUACAGUCUGUGACCAUGAAGAGAGUCGCGCAAACAGCUAUGACCGUGAUUACAGUCCUGGCAACUUCAAUGGGGACUCUGCUGUCGUGGGUUAGCUCCAUCUUCCCCGUCCUUCAAUCGAGAGUUUUGUGCCUUACACGCGUCGAUGUAUUGCGGGUCGUCCACUCCUUCUGAUUGCCUUACGGAUCAAAUUGACAGUACUCUCCUUGAGCUCGAGUAUGCAAGUGUCAAACACACUGCAGACACAACUGAGUCCUUGAUGGUUCCGUAUGUGCGCCCUACAAGCUUCCUGCCCAAGGAAUCGGAGUGGGCAAUCUCCAAUUCGAAGAGAAGGCUGGCUGUUGCAGAGCGCUCUAGGAAAUUGUCUUCGAUACCCAAAGCGCCUGACCUUGCCAGGCUUUAUACAACCUCUUCAUACUCCGUGUUAUGCACAUGGGAUCUGUACACGGAACGCCGUAUCACAAUGUUCGAUGAUUGUUGACUGUGCUACCGUUUCUCGUGACAGAAUUUGCCGUUGACCCGUAGUGGUGACGUUGGUCUGAUCAUCACGAUUGGCAUUUCAUGGUAGGGUCACCUUCACCGCCGGACUUCUGAUCUUUUGUGAGCUGGAUCUUGCAUGACAGGAGAGAAAAAGGCGAGAACAUAGUGUACGCCGUUCAGUGAGGUUCGGAGCCACUUCAGCAGCAGCGCAUGGGUCUUUUCGAUGGAAGGACUGACUCGUUGUGCAAGAUGCGCUUUCGUUUCAGCAGCAGAAGCGAUCUGAGCUUCUUUUGCAAGGCUCAGAAUUAGAAAAGGUAGUGGAAAGUUCCUCUUCUAUUGACAGGAGGGGAUUAGGACUCGGGAAAGAUGUUUAAAGGUAAAAUCGGUCUCACUUUCCUAUUCAGUGACUGUAGAGAAAAUCAUGUUAGAGGGCCUUUCCCUGUUCUCAGUGAUUGAUGCUCCUGACAUGAAUGCAAGGUUCUAGACACUGAUUGUAAAGCCUCGAGGACUUAGUCUGAUCUUAGGAGAGAGAGAGAGAGAGAGAGAGAGAGAGAGAGAGCUGUAGACAUGUCCUUAGGAAUGAAGACAAGCCAGUUCUGGUUGUGCAUGCGUAAGACGAGCCUGGAAGAAACAAAAAGAGCUCUGGCAGGAUACGAAUCCCCAACAUGAACUCCUGUGGCUAUAGAUUGGACAUUGAGGUUCUAGCUCGUACUCGAGGGAAGAUCCAGGCAGUAUUCAACGAUCGCUUUCAAUGAUAGCUAGAAGCGAUAUAUUAAUGGCCUUGCCUGUUAAAAAUAAUUUACAGUCCACAUUUACAAACGAACAGAAGAUGUUAGAACCAACUCGGUGCCAUUCAAUAUUCUGCUUUCGAGAUAUAUGUUUGGAUCCUAUUUGGGUUGCAGUUGUCAAGUGAGGUUGAGAGAUAAACUAGGGUCACAACUGCAGACUGAGUUGCUCCUCGUAGUUAGUACUCAGGUGAGCAAGCAUCUAUCUAUAUAACGAUAAGACGCAACCGUCCUAGCGUUCGGUGAAUACGUUACUAUUGUCGACUUAUAUUCCGUAGAGGCCCAUGUAGAGGCCCACCAGAUUCCUC